AUGGGUAAUGACGGCGGAAGUAUCCCCACCCGCCGAGAACUUGUCCGCGAAGCCGCUCGCGCUCCAACUACAACGCAGCUAAAAGAAACCCAGCGUGAGCAACAAGAACAUGCCUGGACAACGUGCCCAUUAUCACACAAAUCUCUCGCUCGGCCGAUCGUCUCCGACUCAGUAGGCAAUCUCUAUAACAAAGACGCCGUCAUUCAGUUCCUCAUCCCCGGUGAUGAUGGCGAGGGCAUUAGCUCCAAAUCCGACUGUGAAGAAGUCUUGUGCGGGCGCGUGAAGUCGCUUCGGGAUUUAGUUGAGCUGCACUUUGAGAUCGAUACCGAGCUCUCAGAGCAUCCGUCCGAUAAAGCCACUGCCCACCGUCAUCAGCGUCGUGAAGGCUGGAUCUGCCCUAUUACCGCGAAGCCACUCGGCCCGAGCGUGAAGUCCGUUUACCUGGUACCAUGUGGCCAUGUCUUUGCCGAGGAGGCAAUUCGUCAGUUGAAGGGGGAUAAGUGUCUACAGUGCGACGUGCCAUAUACUGAGGAUAAUAUUAUUUCAAUCUUGCCGACCAAGGAGGAUGAUAAACAGCGCCUCAUUGCUAGAGGCCACAAGCUUGCAGAGCAGAACCUCACCCACUCCCUUAAGAAAGCUCCUGGCUCGAAGAAACGCAAGAAGCAUGCCGCUGGAGAGAACGCUACUGAUGCCACUGUCGGAGCGUCUAAACCAGCUUCUGAACUUAAUAACCGAAGCAAUACCUCGACUCCGACUCCUGGUAGCGGUAUCAAGAAUGCCGCCGCCGCAAAGAUCGCUGCAAAGGUCAAGGACGAACAGGACGAGAGGAAUAAGAGACAAAAAGUCACAGGUCGUAAUGAAAAUCUGGACAGUCUUUUCACCAAGACGGACGACCAAAAGAAGGGCGGUGAUUUUAUGACGAGAGGCUUCAGUAUUCCUGCUGCGGCAAGGAGAUAG